AGCGCCGGGUUUCGGCCCCCCUUCUCAGCCUGCAGCUCAGUUUCCGCGAUCUCCACAGCUGCCUUCGAGGCCACCCGCAGAGCGCGCCAGGAUGGCCGAGGAAAAGGCUGAAAAACUAGUGCUGGAGGAAACUGCAUAUGAAGAAAUCGAAAGGGAUUUUCAGGAGGUUCUCAAUGAACUCUCAGGGGACAGAAGUUUGGAGAAAUUUAAGGUUGAAUAUGAGAAGCUUCAUGCCGUCAUGAAAAAGUCUUAUGACAAUGAAAAGCGUCUGAUGGCCAAGUGCAGAGAGCUGAAUGCGGAGAUCGUGGUUAAUUCUGCUAAGGUCGCCACUGCCCUGAAGCUCUCUCAGGAUGAUCAGACCACCAUCGCAUCCCUGAAGAAGGAAAUUGAAAAGGCCUGGAAGAUGGUGGAUUCAGCCUAUGAUAAAGAGCAGAAGGCAAAGGAGACGAUUCUUGCCCUGAAAGAGGAAAUCGUGAACCUAACCAAACUAGUCGAGCAAGGGUCUGGACUGUCCAUGGACCAAGAUAGCAAUAUCCGGGACUUGCUGAAGUUCAAAGAAGAGGUGACAAAGGAGCGAGACCAGCUGUUGUCAGAAGUGGUGAAAUUACGAGAGUGCUUAGCUCAGACCGUUGAACAGCAGCAGGAAAUGGAGCGGUCCAGGGAAGAGGCGGAGCAGACCCUCAGUCAGUUCCAACAAGAAAUCCAGCAACGUCAGAAUGAAGCUUCACGGGAGACCCGGAAGAAAGAAAAACUAGAGAAGGAGCUCAGGCAGAUUCAGACGGACAUGGACAGCAGGCAGACGGAAAUCAAGGCACUGCAGCAGUACGUUCAGAAGAGCAAGGACGAGCUUCAGAGGCUGGAGCAGCAGCUGAAAGAGCAGAAGAUACUUAAUGAGAGAGCCGCAAAGGAGCUGGAGCAGUUUCAGAUGAGAAAUGCUAAACUUCAGCAAGAGAACGAACAGCACAGUUUGGUUUGUGAGCAGCUAUCCCAAGAAAACCAGCAGAAGGCGUUGGAGCUCAAAGCCAAAGAAGAAGAAGUCCAUCAGAUGCGCCUGGACAUUGGGAAGCUCAACAAAAUCAGAGAACAAAUCCAUAAGAAAUUGCACCAGAUUGAAGAUCAAAAGGGAGAAGUGGAGCAGCACAAGGAAACCCUGAAAAAUCAGAUCUCGGGACUAGAGAGAGGUAAACCAAGAAUUAUUUUGUGUUUUGUUUUUAUUAGAUUAUAA